UUUGAAUUUGAACGAACCCUAAUAAGUUUAGUGUAAGCCCAGCGAAAUUGCCUAGUAACAUAUUGUGCACGAAUGUGAGACAAGUUUAAGUGUGGGUUUCUCGAUUUUUUCCGAAAAAAUAUUAUUUCGGUAAACCUUCAUUAUGUGGAAAACGGGACUGGGUAUAUUUUUGGUUAUUAUUAUUUCGGUAAAUGGACUCCAAAAGAGAAGUAUAGAUCUGAUAGCAGCUCACAGCCUGAUCUCUCAAGAGCGUCUACCUCACGAUACUUCUCCAUCCGGUUACCAUGUAUUCCUGCAACCGUUCCCGAGGGACGGUUACUUCGAAGGAAAGGUUAAAAUCAAUGUAACCAUACAGCACAAAACGCAUGAAAUUGUUCUGCAUGUCCAUCCCGAUUUGAUGGUCCUGCAUUGCAACAUCACCCAGUUAAUGCCUUCGGACGAAGAACUAAAAAGAGCGAAUCUAACGGAUCCUUUUGAAAGGGAUUUUCCGCCUGUUCCAGUCAUAGUGGAAUCCGCGGAGAAAGUUCGCAGCAAACCUUUGUAUAACAUAGUCCUAGGCACCACGGUGAACUCGGGAGCUUUGUUAGAAGUCCAACUUCAAUUUACUGGGAAACUUUUCAAUGACACCUCUGAAGGACUCUUCAGGAGCAGCUACAUGGAUCCCAUGACGAAGGAAACUAAAUGGUUUGUUUCCACUUACAUGAGACCCAAUAUGGCCAGAAGCGUUUUCCCUUGCUAUGACGAACCGGCGUUCAAAGUACCAUUCGUGUUUACUAUUGCCAGACACAAAAAUAUGUCAGUGGUAACCAACAUGCCUUUGGAAUCUACCAAACCACACGAGGAACUGAAGGACUGGUACUGGGAUACCUUCCAAAAAACUCCGGUGAUGGCCACGUUUUCUGUCGGAAUCGUCAUAUCCGAGUUCAGUAACAUAACCCUUAAUAUUCAGGGACCCAAAGAAAUUCCAGUGACUAUUUGGGCGCGACCCGACUUCAUCACUGCUUUGACUAACGUUAGCGAAAAAAUCGCCAAUUCUCUAAUAGUUCUGCAAGAUUUCUGGAAAGUUCCUUAUCCACUACCCAAACUGGAUGUAUUCGCUUUGCCGAAUUACCAAGCCACUAGGCCAGCAGAUAGCUGGGGUGUUUUGUUAUUCAAAGAAAGUGAACUGUGCGUUCGAGGUUCUUGGCAAAUAACCAAUGAGAUGGUGUACCAAUGGUUAGGCGCUCUGGCGACGCCUUUUUGGUGGAGUGAUGCACAUAUUAACAAUGCUUUAGUUAGAUACGUUGCUGCUUACACUACAUUGAAAUUCGAUAGCGACACGUUAAAUAAUUGGCCCAUGACGAUAUUGUAUUCUAUUUACUACGAAUUCAGUAAGAGGUACCCGUACGGUAAAAGUACAGUGAUCAAACAGGACUCCACUUCAGCUAAAACAGAGUUAAUAUUCAGAAUGUUGAAUUACACCAUAGGAGAGUCUACUUUUAUUUUGGGCAUGCAGAGAUUCAUUCUUGAUAGGCAAUUUAAGACGUUCUUUGGAGAUGAUAUUUGGUUGAGUCUAACUGAACAAGCAAGAUUUGAUGAUAAAUUACCCCAACCAAUCACUAUUAAUGAAAUAGCUGCAUCGUGGAUAACAAAAGAUAGAUUGCCAGUAGUAACUGUUAUAAGAAACUAUGAACAAAAAACAGCUAAUUUAACUCAGAGGGUGUACUUGAGGGAACGGCCUCAUGAUGUACCAGAUCAAGAGAAAUUCCUAUGGUGGAUACCAAUAGUGAUGAUCAAUCAAGACGACUUGACGCAUAAUUUCAAAUUAAACUCGACCCCGGUUAUUUGGAUGCAAAGAGAAAGAGAAAUAUUACUGAAAAAUCUCCCAGACAAAGAAUCGUUCAUCAUUAUUAAUCCAGAAGAAAUCGGCCCAUUCCCAGUGAACUACGAUUCAGAAAAUUGGAACAUGCUAUCGAGGUAUUUAUGCAGUGACCAAAGAACCAGGAUCCCAGUAUACACUAGGGCAAAACUGCUCCAUGACGCCUGGAAUUUGGCCUAUGCCGGAGAUCUCAACUUCGGCACUGCCCUAAAUAUGACCCUAUUUUUGAAGAACGAACGCGAUUACCAGGCAUGGGAUCCCGUUUUCACUUUAAUCGACCACAUUGGAAGGCACAUUGAUAGUUCUGCCGCUCACAAAAAGUUCCAAGCUUAUGUAAAAAUGCUACUUACGCCGCUCUACGAAGAACUAGGCGACGAACCAAAAGAGGGGGAAAGUUACGGCAUAACACAUUUAAGAGGUUCAUCCAAAGUGUUCCUAUGCCAAUCCGGGUAUGAACCCUGCAUCAAAGAAGCUCAAAAUGCUUACAAAAUAUGGAUGGAUUCACCGGACCCAGAUGAAGGAAAUCCGGUUUCUAAUCAGUACAUAUGUCCCGUAUUCAAAUGGGGCACAAUGAAAGAAUGGGAAUUUGGUUUGGAAAGAGUCAUCAAAUUUCCGGCCAGCAGGAUACCCAGCGAGAGAACGUACCUCUUGAAAACCCUUGCCGGCUGUCCCAACGACGAGAAAAAAGUCGACAGGCUGCUCAACAUCACUAUUUUAGAGCAAAACGGCAAUUUCACAGACAACGACAUCUACUUAAUAUUCAGCAUGCUAACAGGAAGCGCCAACGGCUACACCAGCCUGUUCAAUUUCCUCAGGAAGAACUGGGAUCUCAUCAAAAUAAGGUUCGAAGAGAAGCCCCAUUUAUGGAACACCAUGGUGACAUCGGCGACGAUGAUGUUCAAGACCCAGGAAGGGUUGGACAUGGUUUCGGAGCUUUACGUGGAAAGGCAAAGCGAAUUCGGUACGGCUGACUUCGUUAUUGAGAAAGCACUGAAGAAUAUUAAGGAAGAGACGAAGUGGAGUAACGAAAAUUUGCCGGUGAUCGAGGCUUGGCUAGAUCGGUACAUGAUAGAUAACGGGGUUACAGUGUAAGAGCUUGGUGUUCCGUUGGGAAAAUGACUGAAAACUGUGUGUAAAGUUAGGAGGUUAAUGUUGUAAAAGAUUAUAUGUAUAGGUACUUCGUUUCACUUUUUCAUCACUAAAUAAUUUUAAAUUUUUAGUCUGCGUACGUUUCUUCUGUUGUAAUUAAUUUUUUUUAAAUAAUUUGUAAUUUAUUAUUAAAAAGACGUUGUAAUUAGUAUAAUUGUUUUUGAAUUAAAUUU